CUUCUCUGGACAGGUCCCGGCUUAGUUCGGGUACGUCCGGUUUUCACUUUGCCUCAUCCUCGGUUCGCAUUCUACUCGCUGCCAGCUUCUGUGUUCCACGCACUGCCAGAAUGGGACCACGCACUGGCUCCGCCGCUCGAAAACAGGCAUCCGCUACAGACGAACGCUCCACCUCCAAGCGAGGCGCCGGCAAACAAGAUCGUGCAAAGGCUCGAGAGCAAGCCAGCGAGGCGUCGUCAGGAAGCGACUCGGAUAUCCCGACCAUCGACUCGUCUCGCCUGUCUCUUGCGGACAGGCAGACUCUCGCCCAGCUUCGCAAGAUGGCGAAGGGGGCCACCAAGAGCGCAAAGGUGUCGCUCCAGAAAACGUCAGACACGCGCAAGAGAUCCGCCGCGAUGAUGAACGCAGAUCGCCAGGACUCGAGCGAAGAAGAGCGGCAGCCUCGCAAGUACAAGAAGAAGAAAGUGGUUCAAGACUCUGAUGAAGCGGAGCACGCUAUAGUCGGCGAAGAUGUACAUGUCAACGACGAGAUCACCAAAGGCGAGGACGAAGAAAGUGGGAAUGACUCAGAGGGACAGAAGAACAAGAGCCAGAAGUCGAGAACAGUUGCGUCCCAGCCCAAGGCACAGCCUAAGUCCAAGCCUAAGCGAAAGCUGGCCGGCAAGGUUACACUGAAACCACCUGCAAAACUGGCGAAAAGCUCAUUCGACCUGGACGACGAUGAGGCUGCGGUUGCUCAGUCACUCGCAGGCCAGACGACGACGAUGUCGAAGGCCAAGACCAAGACCAGGCAACCCAGCGAAAAUUCUGAAGACAGGAGCUACAGCGGCGACGAAAGUCAGCAGGCUACGCAAGCCGCGAAGAAGGCGCAGCCUGGUCUCUCGAGUAAAAACAAGCUUCGCGGGAGCGACAAGAUGUCGCAGACAGCUGCGAACGGCAAGGGUAAAGAUGUCUCUAGAGUAGUCAGCAAGGCAACGGCUACGAAGCCAAUCAGCGCAAGUGAUGCUGACAAGAGCGAUGACGAUCGCGAUGCUGGGGUCAGCGACGAUGAUGCAGACGCAGAUGCAGACGCAGACGACGACAACGGCGAAACGGAGAAGGGGGAAGAGGAAGAGCGCAGUGAAAUCGAUGAGAUUGACGAUGACGACGACGUAGUGGUCUUGCGUACCAAGACGGCAAACGGGCAAGGCACGCGUCGACGGUCGACUCGGAUGGGCACGCGCACCAAAAAACAGCGCGCCAAGAUGACCGACCUUCCGACCGACGUCAGGGCGCUGGUCUCCGCCUCGCAGAACUGCCUGCGUCUGCGCAUCGCGCUCAAGUCGGCUUGGACGUCGGAGACGUCGGUUCCCAGCGACCGUCUACCGGAAAGAAACACCCUCGUUGAAGCCAGCUUGAACGAUGCGCACGAGAUGCGCGACAAGGAAGGACGCCGCAUCAGGGCGUUGAAGGCCGGCUUCCAGAUGCUCGCGCCCCCGAAGAAGAAGAGCGACAGGAAGGAGACUAAGGAGGAGAAGACGGAGCGCAAGGAGCUGCAGAAGCGUGUCUCUACUAUUGUCUGGGCCUGCGCAUCACAGCUCCGCAACGAGUUGAGGAAGAAGGCGGAGAGCGUCAUCGAGCCGUUGUACGGUCUCCGUGGGUUGUCUGCCGAACAGAGAAGCAGCGCGGCCGCGUGGCUGCUCAAGGCGCAUCCGACGCAAGUUAACGACGGCACGGGAUCCCGUAACAUCCCCAACUUCGUGUUCAGCGACAUCAGCCUGGUCUUUGACAGUCGUAAGCGUCUGGACGUGAAGGCAAGUCACUUCAACGAGGACGGACCCUUCCGCCAUCCUGCCAUCUAUGAGGUGAUCUUCCAGCACUGGGCGCUGGGAGCGCGCGCAGAUGCCAAUCUGCAUGCCGCGAUAGAGGAGUUCGCCAAGGUACCCGACAAUCUGAUAGCCCUGGUAUGCAAUGCUGUGAGUAGGCCGUGCUUUGCUUUGAUCUUCCGAUCAUAUCCAGCACUGAAUGGUCGCACUCGCAGAUCGAGUGGGCGCUCACGGAGAUCGUGAAUCACGGACAUUCUGACUUCACGAACAAGCUGUUCGCAGCCAGGUGGGA